GCUUCCGCCGACACAUGCGCACGGCCGGCCUGGGCCUCUUCCUUCUCGCCGGCCGCCGCCGACAUGGUGUUCAGGCGUUUCGUGGAGGUUGGCCGGGUGGCCUACGUCUCCUUUGGGCCUCAUGCUGGAAAGCUGGUCGCAAUUGUGGAUGUUAUUGAUCAGAACAGGGCGUUGGUGGAUGGACCGUGCACGCGGGUGAGGAGGCAGGCUAUGCCUUUCAAAUGCAUGCAGCUCACCGACUUCAUCCUCAAGUUCCCACACAGUGCGCGUCAGAAGUAUGUACGAAAAGCUUGGGAGAAGGCAGACAUCAAUACAAAAUGGGCCGCGACAAGAUGGGCCAAGAAGAUCGAUGCCAGAGAAAGGAAAGCCAAGAUGACAGAUUUCGAUCGUUUCAAAGUCAUGAAGGCAAAGAAAAUGAGAAACAGAAUAAUCAAGACGGAGGUCAAGAAACUUCAAAGAGCUGCUAUCCUGAAAGCUUCUCCCAAAAAGGCACCUGUUGCUAAGGCUGCCAUCGCGGCAGCUGCAGCAGCAGCGGCUGCUGCUAAGGCUAAAGUCCCAGCCAAGAAGGCAACAGGACCUGGCAAGAAGGCCCCUGCCCAGAAGGCUGCAAGUCAGAAGGCAGCGCCUCCUGCCAAAGGUCAGAAGGGUCAGAAGGCCCCAGCCCAGAAAGCAGCUGCUCCAAAGGCAGCUGGCAAGAAAGCGUGAGGCCGCACAGGGAAUAAAGCUUUUUUGACACAUUGGCAAA